AUGGUGCUCCUGCACGGAAGCAGCCUGGUUGCCCAGGCGCUUGCGCUGCUGGGUCCGCGGGCCGACAGCCGUGCCUACACCGCACAGACGGUCUCGGCUAUCAGCACGCUGCAGGGCUGGUACGACGAGGCGGAUGGGCUGUGGAACGGCACGGGCUGGUGGAACAGCGCGAACCUGCUGACGACGCUGGCUGACUUUGCGCUGCUGGACGGCGACGACGCCACGCGGCUGGGCCUCACCGCCAUCAUGGCCAACACGUACGCGGCGGCGCAGGGCAGCGGCAGCCAGCAGACGGCCGUCAAGGUGGUCGACAGCACCGGUCUGGUCCGGUCGUCGUAUGUGCGGACGGCCGUGGAGGUGGAAGCGAUGCCGGGCAGCAGCAGCAGUCUCGUUGCCGUCCACGACACCUUUUCUGGCUUCAUCAACAACUUUUACGACGACGAGGGCUGGUGGACGCUGGCGCUCAUCCACGCCUUUGACGCGACCAACCGGACAGACUAUCUGGUCUCGGCCGAGUCCAUCUUUGCUGAUCUGCAUCGUGGCGUCUCGACCGACGUCUGCGGCGGCGGCAUCUGGUGGAGCAAGGACCACACGUACAAGAACGCCAUCGCCAACGAGCUCUAUCUGGCGGCGGCCGCGUCGCUUGCCAACCGUGUCGCCGGAGCUGCUGCCCGCGUUAAGUACCGCGACAUCGCCGUCGGCCAGUGGGCCUGGUUCCGUCACAGCGGCAUGAUCAACGCCCAGGGCACCGUCAACGAUGGCCUCGUCAUCCACGAAAACGGGUCCUGCUCCAACAACGGCGCCACCGUGUGGUCCUACAACCAGGGCGUCGUGCUCGGCGGGCUCGUCGAGCUGCAUCGCGCCCUUGGCGGCGCCGAUUUGUCGCUGCUGCCGGCAGCCGUGGCCAUCGCCAGGGCCGGCAUCGACGCCCUGUCCGCCAACGGCAUCCUGCACGAGUCGUGCGAGAGCGGCGGCGGAGACUGCGGCUCGGACGGACCAACAUUUAAAGGUGUCUUCCUUCGAAACCUCCACUAUCUUUCCCAGGCCGGUCUGUCCAGCCGGGACAGAGACUACUUCCGCGCCUACAUCCUGCAAAACGCCGACUCUAUCUGGCUCAACGACCGCGACACCACUACUAACGAGCUGGGCCUCGUCUGGUCGGGACCCGUGAGUGCCAACGGUGGCCCAAACACGGCCACGCAUGGUUCAGCCGUCGACUGUCUGGUGGCAGCAGUUGCUGUAGUCUAG